CAUCAAUCGACGCAGCAGCCGGGCGCGUCUGCUCGCUGCGCUUUUGUACUUUGCCAACCAACGCCAACACAACCCAAAGCUCCGAGACGACAAGCUACCGGCUAUACAGCCUCGCGUGUGACUCGUCACGCUCUACCCCUCCUUGCCUAUCACUCCUUCAUCCUAGGUGUCUGCCCGCAGCCUCGCUUCGCGUUCGACGUGCCCCGCCUCGUCUUCUUGCACCUCUGCAGGCACCCAACUCACGCGCGCCAGCCUCCUGCGCCGUCCCGUCCGCUCGCCACAAGACCACACGCACAUACGCACAGCCCUCGACUGCUGCAGAGCUUCUUGGGGCCGCCCGCAUACCAGCCAGUCGAUUAGGGAGCUGACCCCACAGCGAAGCAGCCCGCCAUGUCUAUGUCUAUCGAAGAGCUCGACGCCACAGUGCGCGCGUUCUACGAGAGCCGUGGCGAACCACAAAAACAGGCACAGGCGACACUGAACCAGUUCAAGGAGAACCCAGAUGCCUGGCUCCUGGUCGAUAAGAUCCUCUCGGAUGCGCAGUAUCCGCAAACCAAGUACCUCGGCUUGCAAGUACUAGACAAUGUGAUCAUGACCAGAUGGAAAGUCCUUCCCCGCGACCAAUGUCAAGGCAUUCGCAACUUUAUCGUCAACUUCAUCAUUCAACUAUCAAACGACGAUGAGCGUCGCCGCACCGACCGCACCCUGCUCAACAAGCUGAACCUCGUUCUCGUCUCCGUGCUGAAGCAAGAGUGGCCCCACAACUGGCCGACGUUCAUCAACGAAAUCAUCUCGUCAUGUCACAGCGGGUUAGGGAUUUGCGAAAACAACAUGGUCAUUCUCAGGCUGCUCUCAGAAGAGGUCUUUGACUAUUCAGAGGAGCAGAUGACAUCUACGAAGCGCAGAGAGCUCAAGCAGAGCAUGUGCGACGAGUUCACCUCGAUCUAUCAGCUUUGUUCUGAGGUUCUGCGCACAGCCACCGAGGCUUCCCUAAUCAAGGCAACUCUCGAGACAUUGCUGCGCUUCCUCAACUGGAUUCCUUUGGGAUACAUCUUCGAGACACCGCCCAGUGGUCAGAGCCUUAUUGAGACUCUGCGCAGUCGAUUCCUCGAUGUCCCGGAGUUCCGUAACAUCACAUUGAAGUGCUUGACGGAGAUUGCAGGCCUUCGCACCGAACCCGCAUAUGACGACAAGCUCGUCCAGAUGUUCACAGAAACUUUGACUGCGAUCUCGAAGAUUAUCCCGUUGUCCCUGGAUCUGAAGCAAACCUAUGCAUCGAGCAAUAGCAGGGACCAAGAAUUUGUGCUCAACCUGGCGCUUUUCUUGACUAACUUUUUUACGUCGCACUUGGCUGUCAUCGAGAACCUUAUGAACAGGGAUUUCCUUACUCAUGGCCAUUUCUACCUCAUCCGCAUUAGCCAGAUCGACGACCGCGAGAUCUUCAAAAUUUGCUUGGAAUACUGGACCAAGCUUGUUUCUGAGCUGUACGAUGAGAUGCAGGCGCUUCCGAUCACCGACAUGAACCCUCUCCUGAACCUGGGCAUCGCAUCCGGCGGCAACCGCGACCCUUCGAUGAUGGCAAACUAUCCUCUGCGUAAGAACAAGUAUACCGAGAUCUUGUCGAACCUACGAACCGUUAUGAUUGAGAAGAUGGUCAGGCCAGAGGAAGUCUUGAUUGUUGAGAACGACGAGGGAGAGAUCGUGCGCGAAUUCGUCAAGGAAAGCGAUACCAUCCAGCUCUACAAGUCAACGCGCGAGUGUCUGGUCUUCUUGACGCAUUUGGAUGUUAACGACACCGAGCAAAUCAUGUCUGAAAAGCUGGCACGCCAGGUCGAUGGCUCAGAAUGGUCUUGGGCUAACUGCAACACGCUCUGUUGGGCCAUCGGUUCCAUCUCCGGCGCAAUGAACGAGGAGACGGAGAAGAGAUUUCUGGUCACCGUCAUCAAGGAUCUUCUCGGUCUUACAGAGAUGAAGCGUGGCAAAGACAACAAGGCCGUCGUCGCUAGUAACAUCAUGUACAUUGUUGGCCAGUAUCCGCGAUUCCUGAAGGCCCACUGGAAGUUCUUGAAGACUGUUGUUAACAAGCUUUUCGAGUUCAUGCACGAGACACACGAGGGUGUCCAGGAUAUGGCUUGCGACACAUUCAUCAAGAUCGCCAACAAGUGUCGGCGACACUUUGUCGCGCUUCAACCAGGCGAGAACGAGCCAUUUAUUGACGAAAUUGUGAGGAAUUUGCGAAAGAUCACCGCAGAUCUCUCACCUCAGCAAGUGCACACCUUUUAUGAAGCCUGUGGCUACAUGAUCAGUGCGCAAGGACAAAAGGGCAUGCAGGAGCGUCUGAUUCAUGACCUCAUGGCUCUACCCAACUCUGCCUGGGACAGCAUCAUUGCUCAAGCCAAUCAGAACCCUGCUUGUCUGCAAGACUCGGAGGUUAUCAAGAUUGUUGGCAACAUCAUGAAGACAAACGUAGCCGCCUGCGGCUCUAUCGGCUCCUACUUCUAUCCUCAAAUCGGACGGAUCUACUUCGACAUGCUGACAAUGUACCGCGCUAGCUCGCAGCUCAUUGACGAGGCCGUACAGCGCGAAGGCAACAUUGCAACAAAGAUGCCCAAGGUCCGCGGUCUGCGCACAAUCAAGAAGGAAAUCCUCAAGCUCAUCAACACCUACGUUGAGAAGGCCGAUGACCUUGAGAUGAUCCAUAACAACAUUGUUCCUAAGCUGCUCGAAGCUGUUCUGAUUGAUUACAAGAACAACGUACCUGACGCUCGCGAGGCCGAGGUAUUGAACGUGAUGACUACAAUCAUCAACAAGCUACAUAGCAUGAUGGAGGAUCAGAUCAUCAACAUCAUGGAUAGUGUUUUCGAAUGCACACUGGACAUGAUCAACAAGGACUUCUCCGAGUACCCAGAACACCGCGUCGAGUUUUUCAAGCUCCUCAGGACCAUCAACUUGCGCUGCUUCCCUGCUCUGCUUCGAUUGGACGCUCGCUCCUUCAAAUUCGUCAUCGACUCUUGCAUGUGGGCCAGCAAGCACGACAACCGCGAAGUCGAGAGCGCUGGACUUUCCAUGUGCUUUGAGCUGGUUUCCAAUAUGUCCGAGACGGAUGAGCAGACAUGCAACGCCUUCUUCCAGACCUUUUUCACGACCAUCCUCCAGGAUGUGUUCUUCGUUGUCACAGACAACGAUCACAAGGCCGGCUUCAAGUCGCAGUCUAUGCUUCUCGCCAAGAUGUUCUGGUUGGUCGACUCGGACAAGCUGCGAGGCCCAAUCUAUACCUCGCCAGACAUGGCCCCAGCCGGCACACCAAACCGCGAGUUUCUGCGAAACUUUGUCGGUAAUUUGCUGGCGACCGCAUUCCCUAACCUCCAGACUGCUCAGAUCGCAGCGUUCAUUGACGGACUCUUCGCUACCAAUGCCGACCUCAAUCGUUUCAAGGUGAUCCUUCGAGAUUUCCUCAUCUCUUUGAAAGAAUUUUCGGGCGACAAUGCUGAGCUUUUCGCCGAAGAGCGCGAGCAGGCAGCCAAGCAGGCGAAGGACGAGGAGCGCGAGCGUGCCAUGAAGGUUGGCGGUCUCCUCAAGCCUUCUGAGAUGGACGAUGACGAGUUGUGACUGAACGUUGAGCUGGACACGAACGUAGCCACGCGCACGCCUUUCGACCGCAUUUCCUCUUCGACUCAGGUUACGGACACGAAUAACGCUGACGACUGGUGGGCUGACGCCAUUUGAAUGUCGAACAAGGGAGUCGAAGGACGUACCCGCAUGGCGCAAUGUAUCGCGUAGCGUUCUUUACGUUCCAUUAAGAUCGCUCCGGAUUUGGCGGUCUAAUACCCAAUAGACCUUUCUGUUUCUCGUUUGGCAUGCAGCGGGUAGCGGGUUGGAGGAUUGGUCCUGAUUUGCGCAGAUGAUAAAAGCAUAGGAUAGGAGGGGAUGCGCAGGGCCUUCUAGAUAUCCUGCCCUGGCGGCCUACGAAUAAAGGGAAUGAACAUAUUUGAGAAAUCACAUCGUUAUUUUGCUAACCGUGAAGAACUUCCAGCCCGUAGAGACGGUAUAUU